AUGGCUAGAACUAAGCAAACAGCAAGAAAAUCCACUGGUGGUAAAGCCCCAAGAAAACAGUUGGCUUCCAAAGCAGCUAGAAAGUCGGCACCUUCAACCGGUGGUGUCAAGAAGCCACACAGAUAUAAGCCAGGUACCGUGGCCUUGAGGGAAAUCAGACGUUUCCAAAAAUCCACCGAGUUGUUGAUCAGAAAGUUGCCUUUCCAAAGAUUGGUUCGUGAAAUUGCCCAAGACUUCAAAACCGAUUUGAGAUUCCAGAGUUCUGCUAUUGGCGCGUUACAAGAGGCCGUUGAGGCUUACUUGGUGGGUUUGUUCGAGGACACCAACUUGUGUGCUAUCCACGCCAAGAGAGUCACUAUCCAAAAGAAGGACAUCCAGUUGGCUAGAAGAUUGAGAGGUGAAAGAUCAUAA